AUUAUUUAUUUAUUUAUUUAUUUUGCUAAUUUGUUUUAUCAAGACAUGUCUCUUGUACAUUAGAUCUUUUAUCUGAAUCAGAUGCAUUUUUAUAUAUAUAUUUUUUGCAUUAUAUUUUACACUCUUCACACCCCAUCUUCAUCUUCUACCUGAAUGGAAUGUUAGAUGGGAAAUGUUCUCUUUUAUUAUAGAAAGGCUAAUAUUAUUUAGAUGCGUUCAUACGGUAGUCGCAUGAUGUUGUCAUCGUUUGAUCUGUCUGUACAUAUUUGUCCAAAUUUUGAGACCUGCAGUUCAGUCUAUUGAACAGUGAAAGACGCUGUUUACCAUCAAGUUGCUGGUGAAGCUUUUUAUCCUCUCCCAUACGUCAGCAUGCUGCGUUAUGAGGCAGAGAGUCGCAGAGUUGACUGGCAGGAAAAAAGCAGGAGGCAGGAUCGCACAAAGAGAUCCCUUUGUUCUGCGUCUUCUUUCUUCUUUAGUUCAUUCUUACCGAUGGGAUCUUAUCAUUUUCACUUCUCAAACCUGACAGCAGAGUAAGAAGAGGAAGGAUUUCUGAUUUUUCUACAUUUCUUUCUGUCGGUUUGCACGAUGAAAUGGCAAGUGCUGUUGUUUUUCUCUCUGCUCCGUCUCGGUGUUUUGCGCGGCCAGGUCAGCUACUCCGUUCCUGAGGAGAUGAAAAGGGGCUCGGUGAUUGGUAACAUAGCGCACGAUUUAGGUUUAGGGGUGGCCCGAAUGAAGUCCGGGAAAGCCAGAAUUUAUUCUGGUAACAACGAGGAGUACGUGGAGCUGAAUCGGGAAAAAGGGGCGCUAAUUAUUAAGGACCGAAUAGACAGAGAAGCGCUGUGCGGUCAAACAGUACCGUGCGCACUGCAUUUUCAAAUGAUCCUUGAAAACCCAAUGGAGUUUUACACGGUGACUGUGGAGAUUACCGAUAUAAAUGACAAUCCUCCUACAUUUGAGAGAGGGGAAAUUAAAUAUGAGAUCAGUGAAUCAGCUUUAACUGGAGCUCGGUUUGUCCUGGAAAAAGCCAUCGACGAUGACGUCGGAUUGAAUGGUUUAAGCAGUUACACCCUUAAACCGAGCGAUAAUUUUGCUCUGAAAACGACCAGCCGGGUGGAUGGCACUAAACAUGUAGAGAUGGUUUUACAGAAGCCUCUGGACCGAGAGAAAAAUGAACAUUUGUCUUUAAUUUUAACCGCGCUGGAUGGGGGUGAACCACAGCUCAGCGGAACAAUGCAGAUUAUCAUAACCGUGUUAGAUGUAAAUGACAAUCCACCUGUUUGUUCUAAACCCGAAUAUAAAGCCAGCGUCGCAGAAAACGCCCCUGCUGGCACGGUAAUAACCACGGUAAAGGCUAGUGACAGAGAUAAAGGAAAUAAUGGAAAGAUAAUAUACACAAUUCCCAAAUCAGCAGCUGCAAAUCUCUUUCAGAUUAACUCGGACGAUGGAGUGUUGAUGCUGAAGGGAAAUAUAGACUUUGAAAAAAGGAGAAUAUACGAGUUAGACGUCCAGGUCUCAGAUCAGGGAGGAUUGUCAGACGCCUGUAAAGUGAUAGUAGAUGUGACAGACGUAAAUGAUAACGCUCCUUCCAUUAAUGUGAUGUCUAAAUCAAACGCACUGUCUGAAAAUGUAGGACCAGGGACAGUUGUAACUAUGCUGAAUAUACAAGAUCUGGAUUCAAAUGAAAAUGGUAGAGUGAUGUGUGCUUUGAGUGAAAAUGCUGCUUUUAGUAUUAAAUCAUCCACCAAUAAUUUCUUUACUGUUGUGACAGAAGGCGAAUUAGAUAGAGAAAGAGCCUCUGAGUAUAACAUCACAGUGACCUGCUCUGAUGAAGGAGUCCCCUCCCUCUCCAGCAGCGUCACUCUCACCUUGCAGAUCUCUGAUGUGAAUGACAACGCUCCUGUCUUUGAGAGGAGCUCCUAUGAGGCCUACAUUGUAGAAAACAACACACCAGGUCUCUCUAUAUUCACAGUGAAAGCCACAGAUGCUGACUGGAACCAGAAUGCCCGUGUUUCUUACAUACUGGAGGACUCCUCUGUUAACGGAGUACCAGUCUCCUCAUAUGUGUCCGUCAGUGCUGAUAGCGGAGUCAUCCAUGCAGUGCGCUCUUUUGACUACGAGCAGAUCAAAGAUUUCCAGUUCCGCAUCAAAGCGCAGGAUGGAGGCUCUCCUCCACUCAGCAGCAACGUGACUGUGAAAAUGCUGAUCCAGGACCAGAACGAUAACCCUCCUCAGGUUCUGUACCCGGUCCAGACUGGUGGCUCUGUGGUGGCUGAAAUGGUGCCUCGUUCAGCAGAUGUGGGCUACCUGGUGACUAAAGUGGUGGCUGUAGAUGUGGACUCUGGACAGAACGCCUGGCUCUCCUAUAAACUGCAGAAAGCCACAGACAGGGCACUGUUUGAAGUGGGCUCACAGAAUGGAGAAAUAAGAACAAUCCGUCAGGUGACUGAUAAAGAUGCUGUGAAACAGAGACUGACUGUGAUAGUGGAGGACAACGGGCAGCCCGCUCGUUCAGCUACAGUCAUUGUUAACGUGGCGGUGGCGGACAGCUUCCCUGAAGUGCUGUCCGAGUUCACUGACUUUCCUCACGAUAAGGAGUACAAUGACAACCUGACAUUUUACUUGGUCUUGGCUCUGGCUGUGGUCUCCUUCCUCUUCAUCACGUGUCUCGUGGUUAUUAUAUCAGUCAAGAUCUACAGAUGGAGACAGUCUCGCAUCCUGCAUCACUCCAACCUCCCUGUGAUUCCAUAUUAUCCUCCACGUUACUCAGACACUUUGGGAACAGGGACUCUGCCACAUGUGUACAACUACGAGGUGUGCAGGACCACUGACUCCAGAAAGAGUGACAAUAAGUUUGGAGGAGCUGGUGGUCAGAACGUGUUGAUAAUGGACCCCAGUUCUACAGGAACCAUGCAGCGGAUACAGAGUGAGAAGAGCAUCCUGGAUGAACCUGACUCUCCUCUAGAGGUGAGGAUGUGUUAAUUUAUUAAUAACUAA